GGGGGCGGGGUCUAUGCUGAGGGAGGGACACAUUGUAGCCGUUUGUGACGUUGUGUGGAACAGAGCGGACCAUGGCAUCAGGACAGGAAAUAAAUCAUGAACUUUCAAAGAUCUUCAAUGAACUCUGGAAAGCAGAUGAAAACCGAUUUGAACCAUGCAAGGAUUAUGAAAUCGCAGUGCAGGGAAAGGCAUCUUAUGUCAGCCACGGAAGCAAUAAUGCCAGAGAUUGUGCUUCCAGACCACUGUUUUCCAAUGUGAAUGAGGAACGUUUACGGCAGACAAAGACCUAUGCAACAUUCAUUGCGUUAUUGGACAACUAUGAAAUGUCAACUGGAGUUGCUGAGGUGGUGACUCGAGAUGAAGUAAAGGAGAACAAUCGUUUUCUCGACGCUAUUCUGGAAACGAAAGUCAUGCAGUUAACUCAUGAUUAUCUUCUAAGCAAGAAUCUUACAAAGGCUGAUCCGAGGGAAUUCAAGCAGCAUCUUUACAGCAUCUGGUUUCAGCUCUAUUCAAGAGGACAGGGUCGUGGCCCAGACUCUUCGGGUUUUGAGCACGUCUUUGUAGGAGAGACCAAACGAGGAAGAGAAAUCAUGGGGCUCCAUAACUGGGUCCAGUUCUACCUGCAGGAAAAGCGCAAGAAUAUUGAUUACAAAGGAUUUGUGGCAAGAAGGAACAAGAAUAAGCCCGAUGAGGAUGACCAUGUUUUGAAUCUGCAAUUCAGCUGGAAGCAUAUGGUGAAACCUAUCGGGAGUUCAUUCAUUGGGGUGAGUCCAGAAUUUGAAUUUGCCCUCUACACGAUCUGCUUCCUUCUGUCCCAGGAUAAAGUCUCGCGUGAGCUGGUGUUGGUGGAUGAGUAUCACCUGCAGAUUGUUGUGUACCGCCACGGACGGUACAUCGGAACAUCGUACCCAGUCCUUCUGAGCAGCAAUAAUGUACCUUUGGAAUAAGUCUCCAGAAGCUUCUGCACACAAUUAGGUCCACCGUAGAGGAACAAACCUAGCACAUUUAUUUGGUACUUUAAUGUAUUGAAUAACAAUAAGUUCCUUACAACCAUGCUCGACUACAGUAAGUGUCUCUGCUC